AUGAACGUCGCCGUGGCUAUUGCUUCGGCUGAAGCGCUUCCCGAGCGCAUAUUAUUCCCCCAAAUCUACUUGCAGCAAUAUAAGCAACAGCUACGCGAGCUGAGGGAGCGUCUUACGCUUUUAGUACAUGACUACGAGAAUGAAGAAGAUGAGCUUCUCUGGGAUGGGGAGCAGAUGUCUGCAGUUCCCCGCGAGAGUGUUUGGCAAAAUCUCUGCAUGCUGCAGGAUUGCAGCGACAUUUUGGAUAGAGCAAUCAAUUUAUACCGACAAAAAAUUGACGAGAGCGCAGCUGUAGAUUUUGAAAAUGUUGAGCUCGAGCGGACACAGAGCAGUUCAUCACUUGAGUGCGUUUCGUCCGACGGCAUUGAGGAAGAGUCACGCUUAGAAUUCGAAGAUGUAGAGCCUGUGAAAGGACGCAAAGCGGCUGUGGCGCUUAAUAAUAAUGUGACUGAGCGCGUACAGAGAGCAUUGCAAAACGAAGACGAGUUUGAGAGGUUCAAAGCCAAUGCACUCGAAUUUGGUAUGGGCCACGUCUCGGCCGAGAACUUUUAUGGGUAUCUAUCGCAGCAAAUUCCAGCUACUAUUCUAGAUUCGAUUAUUGUCGAUUUUGCACGCUUACUGCCUCAAUCUGCUCUCAGACGGCCAUUACUUAAGAUGCACUAUGAACAUAUGCGGCUACAGUUGGCCAGACCGAGCAUCGCUAAAUACAGGAACAAGAGCUACAGCACUAGUGUGAUUUCACGAUCGUCCUCGUCGUCCAGUAUUGACGAAGCUGACAGCGGAGACGAAGAAGGUGGAGAAUAUCCGUCAACGAUUCGGUUGAGGACGUUUAACCACCUUGUAUUCGUCAUCCACGGUAUCGGGCAACACAUUGACUUUCGUGAUGGAGAAUUCAAGUCAUGGAAUGGACAAACUGGUGUUGAAGGUGGCAACCAUGCGUUUCGAGAUAUCUUUCGGACAAUGCUAGAGACGACAUUUCAAGAUGUUCCUUUAGCACUAGAAAUGCAAUCCAUCGAGUGGCAUGAAGAUCUUCAUGAUACAACGGGUCUAGACAACAUUUUUGAUCUCAUUUGUCCGGAUGGGUUAUCUGCGAUUCGUGAGUUUAACAAAGAAACAUUUAUGGACGUGCUGUACUAUUUAUCACCACGUUAUGGUCAGCUGAUUGUUGAUUCGGUCACGCAGCAACUAAACGAAAAGUACCGGGUUUUUAUGAACGAGCACCCAGGCUGGGAUGGUAAGGUGUCUAUUUUUGCUCAUUCGCUGGGCUCAAUGAUCUCGUACGACAUCCUCACGCACAAAGCAGGCGAAGUAGCCAUCAACGGUAUUUCGUUUCCGGGUCUUGAAUUCGAGAUUGAUAACUUCUUCGGAGUUGGGUCUCCGGUUGGAGUGAUGAUCAUGGCAAGAGGAGAUCUCAAAAUUGAGGAUGGAGAAUUUACUCCAGGUAUCAAGAUCCCGAAUUGUCGUCGAUACUUUAAUGUUUACCAUCCAAUCGACCCUAUUGCAUAUCGUAUCGAGCCAUUGAUUAAGCAAGAGAUGCAUGAUAAGGUUCCAGUUCAACUGAUGCAGUAUAGUGCAGUCAAGGAUCAGACAUUUGGUCAGCUGCAGGAGGUAUGGGAAGGCCUGACUGGUCCAGUUCACGGAUUUUCGUAUCGUCAUGACUACAUGAUGCGACGACGAAAACACGAGCAAGGCGUGAUGGAAGUGGCUUUCGCGGCUGCCUCGCAUUCAUCGUACUGGAUGAGCGAUGACGUCGUGCUCUUUACCAUCAUGCAGUUGUGUCAGCCUGUGGUCGAUACGCUGCACCGAUAUAUGAGUGCCCGGGUUCCUCUUCCGAAACUUACGAGAAAACUUGUAGAUCUUACACCCUAUACAAAAGUCCUUAUGUCUGCGACCGCUCUUGUUCGCGACCGAUGCACAGGUUUCUCACACGAACAGAUUGUUUUGAUCGACAAGGACCGUCUCUACUUCCUGUCACGUCUCAAUGAGGUCACCUGUCGUCGAAAAUGGCGUAUUCAACUCACGGCGGCGACAAAAUUUCUCAUCGGGGACGAUCCUCUGAUCAUCAAAGUCUUUAAUGGUGAUACCUCUAUUUUGGAUGCUGAUGCCGCAUCAACAUCGAGCAACGUUUCGCCGAUUGGUGUUCACAUUUUGAAGGCCGCAUCAACGCCGGUGCGUGAUGCAUGGAUAGACGUGAUCAACAAAACGAUUUUAAAAGCCAGCAAAUCCUUCACCGACAAAGCACCAAACGAUAAGACGCUUAGAGUUACUGCAAACCUCGUGGAUUUGCCAAGCGGCAGGUGCAUUGACUACUUCAAUGCAGUCAAGGCAGGGUAUCUUAAGGAAAAAAGCGUUAAUGGGUGGUACGAUUCGUGGAGCGAUCGAUGGCUUGUUCUCCACGACAACCACCUGUCCUGCUUUGAGAAUUCGCCUAAACUUGAUUCUGUCUCACAAUUUCCGCUUUGGAAAACAAAGGCAUUCUGCUUUGAACGCGAGUAUUUGAUUCGAAUGGUAGCUCGUCGUGGAGCUGCAUGUGAAAUGCGCGUGCAGAAUCAAUAUUCAUUCAAUCGUUGGGUCAAUGUCUUUGAGAAUAUUCCAACCGUUGAGAUCAUCCGUCAUGAGGAUUUAUUGGAGAACAGUCCAUCCUCAGUUCUUAUUAUGACUGAAGACUCAAAGGGAAAUUUUGAUGGUGCUGAUAAUACGGACAAAGGUGGUGAAUGGCUCCAAACGAAAAUUGAAGGGCAUCAUAUUCUAAUUGAUGAGAAUGACCAAGAAUAUGUCGCUUUUGUCAUUCAAGUAGCCUCAUCCACUGCAGGAACAAACAUUGUACAACGCCGGUAUUCAGAGUUUACAAAGUUGCAUCGUGAAUUGCGCAAAAUGUUUCAACCCGAGCAGCUUCCAGCACUACCUGGCACGAGAAUGUGGAACAAGUUUGAACCGAGUUAUCUGAAGCAAAAAGCGAUUAGUCUCCACGGAUAUUUGAACGAGGUCUGCAAAAGAUGUGCCAAUACCCGUGCCCAACCGCUUCUAUUAAAGUUUUUAGAGCUCGCUCCAUCCAUUUCUGAGGAAUCAACUAAGUCUGCCGAGAAGGAAAAUGCUUAA